AUGGGCCCCCUGGGCCGGCUGGGGCUGGUCCUGGGGCUGGCCCUGGGGCUGGCCCUGGGGCUGGCCUUGGGGCCGGCCCUGGCCCCGGGGGUCCCCGGGCCGGGCGGGCGGGCGGAGAGCCCUCCGGACCGGCUGGCGGCCCACAUGCUGCUGCUGUACCACAGCUUCGGGGCCGGCCAGCCGGGCCCGCCCCUGCCCACCCGGGGCAACACCGUCCGCAGCUUCCGAGCCCGACCCCCGGGGACACCAGGGAAGCCGGGCGGGCCGGAGCUGCAUGUUUUUAACCUGAGCUCCCUGAGCAAGUCCGAGGACAUCUUGUCGGCCUGGCUGCAUUACUCCACGGGGGACGUACUGGACGCCCAAGAGUCCUGCCGCCCACCCUGGGCCUGCUCCCGGCCCGGCCGGCUGCGCAUCGCCCUGGCGGCCUGGAGCCCUUCCCGGCCCGGCCGCCAGAGGCCGCCGGCGAGCCGCCCCUUCCCCCUCGCCGCCACUGCGGCUGCGCGGGCCGAGCCGGGCUGGCAGGCGCGCGACAUCACGCGGGCCCUGCGCGCGGCCACGGCCGCCGGCCGCCGCCUGCUGGGCGUCACCAUCGCCGCCGGGGGGCGCCGCGGAGCCGCCCGGCCCCGGCCGCCCGCGCAGCCGCCCUACAUCCUGGUGUUCGCCAACGACUCGGCCCUCUCCGGGCCGGCAGGGGGCGCUUCGGCCUGGCCGGGGCAAUGGACUGGACGCCCUGACCCCCAGAAAGAGCCACACGGGACACCACAAGUGCCCCUCUCUGGGCCCAAGCAACACGUUGCAUCCCUCUCCGGGCCCGAGCGACACAACCCCCCACAAGUGCCCCUCUCCGGGCCCGAGAAACACUGGCCACCACAUGUGCUCCCCUCUGGGCUCGAGCGCCACGACCCGCCACACGUGCCCCUCUCCGGGCCUGAGCGCCACAACCCACCACAAGUGUCCCUCUCCGGGACCGAGCACCACAACCCGCCACAAGUGCCCCUCUCCGGGCCCGAGAAACACUGGCCACCACAUGUGCUCCCCUCUGGGCUCGAGCACCACAACCCGCCACACGUGCCCCUCUCCGGGCCUGAGCACCACAACCCUCCACAAGUGCCCCUCUCUGGGCCCGAGCAACACGUUACAUCCCUCUCCAGGCCCGAGCCACACGGGACACCACAAGUGCCCCUUUCUGGGCCCAAGCAACACGUUGCAUCCCUCUCCGGGCCUGAGCGCCACAACCCGCCACAAGUGCCCCUCUCCGGGCCCGAGCGACCCUGGCCACCACAUGUGCUCCCCUCUGGGCUCGAGCGCCACGACCCACCACACGUGCCCCUCUCCGGGCCUGAGCACCACAACCCUCCACAAGUGCCCCUCUCUGGGCCCGAGCAACACGUUACAUCCCUCUCCGGGCCCGAGCGCCACAACCCACCACAAGUGCCCUUCUCCGGGCCCAAGCGACACGGGACACCACAAGUGCCCCUUUCUGGGCCCAAGCAACAUGUUACAUCCCUCUCUGGGCCCGAGCGCCACGUUACGUCCCUCUCCGGGCCUGAGCGCCACAACCCACCACAAGUGCCCCUCUCCGGGCCCGAGCGCCACGUUACAUCCCUCUCCAGGCCCAAGCGCCACAGGACACCGCACGUGCCCCUUUCCGGGCCUGAACACCACAUUACAUCCCUCUCCGGGCCUGAGCACCACAACCCGCCACAAGUGUCCCUCUCCGGGCCCAAGCGCCACGUUACAUCUCUCUCCAGGCCUGAGCGCCAUGGGACACUGCACGUGCCCCUUUCCGGGCCCAAGCAACACAUUACAUCCCUCUCCGGGCCUGAGCGCCACAACCCGCCACAAGUGCCCCUCUCUGGGCCCAAGCGCCACGACCCGCCGCAUGUGCUCACCUCCGGGCCCGAGCGCCACAUUACAUCCCUCUCCAGGCCCGAGCUCCAUGGGCCACCACAAGUGCCCCUCUCCGGGCCCGAGAGCAACGGGACAGCCCUCUCUGGGCCCGAGCUCCACAGGCCACCACAAGUGCCCCUCUCCGGGGCCGAGCUCCACGGGCCACCACAAGUGCCCCUCUCCGGGCCUGAGCGCCAAAUUACAGCCCUCUCUGGGCCCGAGCGCCACGGACCACCACACAUGCCCCUCUCUGGGCCUGAGCGCCACGGGACAUCCCUCUCCGGGCCCGAACGCCACGGACCACCACACGUGCUCCUCUCCGGGCCCGAGCACCACAACCCACCACACGUGCCCCUUUCCGGGCCCGAGCACCACGCUACAUCCCUCUCCGGGCCCGAGUACCACAACCCGCCGCACGUGCUCCCCGCUGGGCUCAAGCGCCACGUUUCACCCACCUCCAGGCACAGGCACCACGGGCCACCACACGUUCACCUCUCCAGGCCCGAGCGCCACGACCCGCCGCACGUGCUCCCCUCCGGGCUCGAGCGCCACGUUACAUCCCUCUCCAGGCCCAAGCGCCGUGGCCCACCACACGCGCAUCUCCCCGGGCCCGAGCACCACGCGCUCUUCCGGGCUCCCCUCCCGGGGCCUCGACGUCGAAGACGCUCCACCGGCCCCGCGCAACCCCUGCAGGACAACGAGCUCCCGGGGACCGGGGUCCGGGGCGGCAGAGGCUGGGCCGGAGGCUGGGCCGGGGACGGGAAGCAGCCCUACCUGAGCCUGCAGGCCCAGCCCGGGAAGAGCAGGAAGAAGCCCAGGAAGAAGCAGGAGCGGAAGAGCCAGAUCCUGCAGUUCGACGAACGGACCCUAACGCAGGCGCGGAGGAAGCAGUGGGAUGAGCCGCGGAACUGCGCCCGCCGCUAUCUCAAAGUGGAUUUUGCCGACAUCGGCUGGAGCGAGUGGAUUAUCUCCCCCAAGUCUUUCGACGCCUUCUACUGCGCCGGGGCCUGCCAGUUCCCCAUGCCGAAGGCCCUAAAACCUUCCAACCACGCCACCAUCCAGAGCAUCGUGAGGGCCGUGGGUGUGGUCCCCGGCAUUCCCGAGCCCUGCUGCGUGCCGGAGAGGAUGUCUCCCCUCAGCAUCCUCUUCUUCGACGAGAACAGGAACGUGGUACUGAAGCUCUACCCCAACAUGACAGUGGAGUCGUGCGCUUGCAGAUAGCCACGGGCCUGGCCGGGCUCUCUGAGGAUACUAUCGUCCUGCCCGCGUUUAUCAACCCAGAAGGAGAAGACCGGCACCAUCUGGCAGAGGAAUUUGCUUUGCGCUUGUCCCAGGAAGGGACUGGGACAAGAUGGAUUAUUCCUUUCGGGGACGGCGGCCUCACCCUCCCCAGAGAUUUCUUAGAACAGUUGCGUGGACGUGGCAAUCUAUUUUUGUACAGAGCUCUGAAGUCCGCUCAUAAACCAGCCGUAGCUGUUGAUUUUUCUCUCUGCCUCUAGAGAUUGGUAGGGAGGGGGGUUUCCACUUGGCGCAUCCGACCAGAGCGUAUUCCUUAGGUUACCGAAACCGUCAAGGGUUCGAAUCGGGACUUCUCCUAAAAGCCCUAAAAAAAAGCCUUUAAGAGCCUUCCUCUGCCAUGUUUUUGAAAAGGUGAACGGUCUGGGUGGGAGAGAUUCGGUAGCGAGUGUGGAAGGGAGGGUUUAUUUGCGAGUGAGUGGGGCUGGCUCUUGGACAUCUUAGGGAGACUUUGACCUGGUCCCCUAAAUCUGUCUGUCCACCUGCCUCAGUUUCUGCUUCUCAUCAUCAUCAAUCGUAUUUAUUGAGCGCUUACUAUGUGCAGAGCACUGUACUAAAUAGAACAGUUGAGCCAGGCUUCAGAAGGCCGAGAGCCUCCUCCCCACGUUUCCUGAUGUCCUAGAGAGCUUGUCUGUGCCAUAUCAAAAUCAAACAAUCCCUCUCAGGCCAUUAAACCCAUUUCUAAUCGUUCCUCUGCUCCUGGGGACCAGGAUUUGGGGGGCGGCGAUCUCAGCAAUCAUCAGAAGGUCACUGCAUCCCGCUUAAGCGCUUAGUACAGUGCUCUGUACACAGUAAGCGCUCAAUAGAUACAACUGAAUGAAUCCCGACUCAGGUAACCAGAUCCUAACCCUUCGCUGGCUUGUGGUGGUCUUAGAGAGGUCUCCUGCUGAAAAAGUUUCAAAUCCUCCAACCACUGAACUGAUGAGGAUGUAGCGUGGCCUAAUUGCUAGAGCACAACCCUGGAAGCCAGGAGACCCCCCCCAGCUCCGCCCCUGGCCCACUGGGUGACCUCAACCAAGUUUCGUGACCUCUCUCUGUGCCUCAGUUUUUUUAACCGUAAAAUGGGGACAAUAACCGCUUCCUCCCCGAAUGUGGAGAGGAUGAAAUGAGGUCAUUGCUGGGAAAGCAUUUGGGAGAUUGACAGUCCUGGGCACUUCAAGGGAUUAUUGUUGCCACUGGCAUUGCCCGUUUGGCCCUGUUUGCUUGGCCUGUCAACUCUAAGCCCGGGCCCAGGGUUUAGAGUUCCAGGAAAUAGAAGAGGGAGAUGGAGGAGAGGACUGUCACCCCUGCCUGAAGAACAGGGAGACCCACGAGGAAUGUCUUCAGCCAGUCAGCCGACAAGUUUCCUCCUCUGUAUGCUGGGGAUUCAAAACCUGUUGUCCCUUCUACUUAGACUGUGAGCCCCUUGUAAGACAGGGGCUCUGUCCGACU